CUAUAGUAAGUUAUGUUUGAAAUUCAUUUCUAACCGUAACGUAACCGUUAACGAAUUGGGCUUACAAUAAUCUUGCUGUGGUAUUUUUAAGUGAAUAAGAUAGUGGAACAUAUCCUAAAUACAUAAUUUCAUAAAGAAACUAUCAAUUUCUUCGAAUUCAAUGGCUAUUAGCGCAUCGUUCUAUCGCAAUGUUUCGUUAUUGACUGAAUUAGUUCCGCCCAGCGAGGACUUUAAACAACAUUUUCGUGAGGGCAUGUUUGACAAGCCCAACACUGCAGGUUUUCUGCAUACGUCCCACUAUUUAUUAACAGUGUACGAUUCGAAACGCUUUAAAAAGUUGUUCGAGUGGCCAGUGACAUGUAAAAAAACGGAAGCAAAGUACCGUAAUAAUGUCAAAACGUUUUUAACAAUCAUAUCCGCGGAGAACCCUGAUGUUGGAUUUCCAAAUAUACUUGUUUCUCAUUUGUUCCAUGCUAGUGGAAGCAAGUUUGUGAUUAUUAUGUGGAAGUUAUCACAGGUCGUGUUAAGAAAAUAUAUUACUUCUACAAAUAUUCACGAUGUUAUGUUUGUUCCUCAAGUAGGAAUUGAAGCAAAUGUAGGAAAAAAUUUUUUAAAAAAGACCUAUGCAAAGAUUUGUUCUAAUAUUACAGAUCAACGUCAUAAAUUAAUGGAAAUGGAAAACACAGCUAACACAUUUUUAAAGCAGGAGGAGCAAAAAUUGAACGACAUUAAAACGGAAAUUUUUGAAACGGAACAAGUAAUUAAAACUCUUGCAGACAAUGCUCCUGUUCAUCGUACAAUUAAAAAAGCCUUGGCAGAUAUGAAUAAUGAAGAUGUGAUACAAAUGUGGAAGUCAUCUAUACAGAAAUGCGUAAAUUAUUUGCAAGACAAAAACUCAAUUUUGAAACGUCUAAAGGAACUUAGUCAGAAAGUAAAUGAUUUAGUACUGAGUAAGAAUAGCGAUAUUCAAACAUUGGAUGCAAAUCAAUACCAGAAGAUAAAUUACUUGGAGAUGCCUGAACUGUUUCCUUACAAUAUGAAAACCAUCCUACUUCAAUUAUAUACAAAUGAAAAAUUAAAUUUACAUAAUUUUUUUUUACUAUUCAAUUCCGUAUUGACUCAGUUGUGCCAGCGAUUAAAAUUAAAUUUAUUAGAGGACCUUUCCGUAUGUCGACUACAAACAGAAACGAGUUGUAAGGACAUGACCGAAGCUUUAAACAUGUUCCAAAUGUAUUUAUCAGACGUCAAAACAUUGACAUCGGAAACACGUCAAAAGUUAUGCAAUAUAUUACAUCAAAAUAAUAUCGUUCAAAUUUGUGAUCAUUUGGACGUAUCUCCUAUUAAUAAUGUUCUUUUAAUGUCGACACCAUCUAUAAAGAUUGAUACCGACUCUACAGACGUAGAAAUCAAUCCACAAAACUGCCUACUACUUACUCCAGUGGGAGCUAUACAUAGGCCGUUAUUUCGGAGAUAUGAACAUUUGAAAUCAAAUCAUUUGGAACCAAGAUCGAAGUUAAGGGAAAAUUUGUUUGCAUCUCACACUAAUCUUGACGAUUCAACACCGACAAUUACCAUUGACACACCGUCGUUACAUGUUCUUCCAGUUUCGAGUAAAAAAAAAUUGUUAUCUUCGAAACAAGCUGAAAAAUAUUCUCGAUUAUUUUCUACACGUACGAAAAGAAAUAACUCUGCAGCAAUCGCAAGCGUAGUGUCUGUACCUUGUACCAAUAAAGAAGCAAACUCAACUGCAAUUGCAAAUACAAUUGAAGGAUUGAAUAAUAUAUCAGAACUCAGUCUGAAUAUGUCAGGAACGACCGUAUGUGACAAGAGUAUCGAAUUUACUACUCCUAUAAAAUUAACUAUUGCAAAAGAUUAUAAGUCUGAAGACGCGACUGAAAUCGAAGAUGUAGUACCAAAUGUUCUUAAUAUAUGCGAAAAGAGAACGACAGAAACUAAUCAACAAAGAAGACGUUCGAUCAGCGACUUGGUUGAACGCUAUAAGAAAUUACUUGAUCGUAAUGAUCAUACAAGUGAUUAAUUAUCCAAAACAUGAUAAUAAAUAUCUGCAAGAUAAAGAGUUUUAAAACCUAUAUAUUUUUUAUAAAAGUUGUAAUAAAUAAUUAGUUUGCAUUCUUUUAUGGACUAUUGUCAUGAAUCAAACCUUCAAAUCUUUCUUUUAUGCAAUAAAGUAAUAAUAAUUUUAAGAAGUUAUACAUAAAUACACAUUGCCUGUUUUACAUUAAUAUGUAUAUUAUACAGACUGACGAAUUUAAAUUAGCGUUCUGAAACUGUAAAAAUAAAAUACUCUACCCAUACUAUACUUGUUUACGACAAACAUAAUAAAAGAGAAGUCAGAAUA